GUAUUUUGGCAGAAGACCGAUGAAGAAAGAACUGAAAUGAAACGCAAACGUCUGGAAAAUGCAUGAGCAAUGGAAUAAGAGAAGAAACAGUCAAGAUUGAAACAAUUGGUUGUUAAUUUGCAAAUUGACUGUUCAUUGUUUGGUAAUCAGAAUUUAUUGAGAUAGUCUGUAAUUUUUGCUUAAAUACAUUCGAUUGUCCCCAACCAGUGUUCUGUUCACUACACUACCAUCCGGUAUCUAAAGUAUGUUUGGAACAACAUUGUAGUGAGAUAGGUUGUGGGGAUUCUUAAACUCUGUCUCUAUAUUGUGAAUUUUUAUAAAUAUUUCGAAAACUUCCUUUAUAUGUAUCAGAUUUUAGUGCGAAUCCUUUUGUUUUCUCUCAGUUUCUAUUUAAAGUUUUUUUCUUUUGUUAAUACGUUCCUCGGAUUUAUCGACGUUUUAAUUUUUCGCUCGACAAGCUUUUCUACACUCGUUAGUUCUUUUACUAACACUAAACAUCAAUGAUCAUCCAUCAUAAUUUAACCGAAUAAUAUUUACAUUCUCUGUUGAUGGAAAUUCGCUAAUUUUUAACAAUUUUCUUUUGAAAUUUAUAAAAAUCUAGAUAUUGAUGAUUCAGUCAAAUUCAUCAUUAUGCCUAAAAAAUUUCUACGGAGUAUUUAAUUCUUUAUUACGAUCUGUUUCUACAACAGGACCAUCUAUAGGACCUGUUAGCAAUGUCAACAAUCUUUUCAAUUUCAAUCAGUGGCGUGUUUUGCAGAUACCAUCCCGAAACCGCAGAAGUGAAGAGGUGAAGAAAUAUUAUUCAGAAACUGGUGACUAUAACCCUCCGAAUCAAGAUGCUAUUGAUAGAUUUAAACGUCUUCGUUGGGGUGCAUAUAUUCAUGCACGAAGUGGUCGGGCUAAACAUUUAUAUAGACGAAGUGAAUCUGAAUUAAAUCGACGUUCUGAGCACAUUUUGACCAAUCGUGCAACAACUUUUUUAAUAAAUAAUUUACUGAAUAAACAAUGGCGAACACCAAAAUAUUAUCCAAAUGAUAUUUAUGAACCAUAUCAUCAAAGAACCGGAGUCCCUUGGGAUUAUGGAUUGCGGAAACCCAAAUUCUUCCCUUAAAUGUUAAAAUGCUGUUUAGUUGGAUUUAUACAUAAACUCUUUUUGAUGAUAAUGCUUUUUAUAGUUGAUCACGUUGGGAUUACAGGUAACGGUAGACAUCUAAUUCUGUUUUCUUAUACUCUUAUUACUCUUUCUCCAUGGCUUUAAAGAAGAAUAAAUUGAGAAAAGUGGACGAGGUACCGAAUGGAAUACAGCGAGUUGUGUUUUUGCAGUUGUUAGAGGGAUUUGGUUACAUUUUAAUUUAAUGUCAACGAGAAAAGCAGUAAUAAUUCCAAGUUAGGUGAUGAUAUGUCAAUAAUGUGAUGAUGAGAAGAUGAUGAUCAUUGUUAUGAUAGUGGAACGAACUGCCAACUAGAUCAGUGUGCAGAGUUGUCAUGGUAACAAAGUACUGAUAACGUAAUACGAUAUGAGCAUGUCCAUGUCGCUGCUGUACUGGUUUUGCUUAGUGCGUCGGAUUACAGAUUUAGUCGUUUAAGUUGCUCUUCGAUUAAGUCAGCCACUUAGUACGUUCAUUGAAUGUGUAGAGUUCGAGAUGUUCAUCUUCUGUGUAGUCUUGCACGUUGCGUUAGGUUCGUAGUAGGGCUCAACACUUUAUUGCGGCCCUUUAUUUUGAUGCCAAUUAGAUCGGACGAAGAGGUUAUCUGCUGGUUCAUCAUUUUAGUGGCGAUGUAUCUGACUCCAAUUAAAUCGUUUGCUGAUUGUGAUCGAAAUAUAGAUCCCGGCUACCGUUGUAUAUAAUUACCGACUUAAAUCGUGUUAGUGAAUAACGGAAUUAAAUAAAUAAAUAAAUAUAUUUGUAAUAUUCCAGUAAGUAGAAAAAUUAGAUUUUCUGA